CUUCAGUUUUUUGAGGAGAGAUGGCCCGGACGAAGCAGACGGCUCGCAAGUCGACCGGCGGCAAAGCGCCCCGCAAGCAGCUGGCGACCAAGGCUGCCCGGAAGAGCGCGCCUGCUACCGGCGGCGUGAAGAAGCCUCACCGCUACCGCCCGGGCACCGUCGCCCUGCGGGAGAUCCGCCGCUACCAGAAGUCCACCGAGCUGCUGAUCCGCAAGCUGCCCUUCCAGCGGCUGGUGCGCGAGAUCGCCCAAGACUUCAAGACCGACCUGCGCUUCCAGAGCUCGGCCGUGAUGGCGCUGCAGGAGGCGAGCGAAGCGUACCUGGUGGGGCUGUUCGAGGACACGAACCUGUGCGCGAUUCACGCCAAGAGAGUGACCAUCAUGCCGAAGGACAUUCAGCUGGCGCGGCGCAUCCGCGGGGAGAGAGCCUAGGGCCGCGCCCCUCCCGUUUCGGCCGACCUCGGGAAAAACACGACACCCAAAGGCUCUUUUAAGAGCCGCCAGCUUCGUCUCGAAAGGAGCUGAAAGUCUUUCUUUU